GGGUAACCGGUAGAGCAAAAAGCCAGACCUGCAGGUAAAUGGCGAAGCAGAGAUCCCAAAGGAAAUUUAUGCUAACCUUAUCCCGCUUGUCAAGAAGGUGAAGAAGAAAGAAAGUUAAAAGAUACACGGGGAGACAGACAGGCUCUGGAACCUGUUGGGCUGCGUAAAGAUAAAUCACUGGGCAGCAGCAAAGCUGUAUGGCAUCGGUCUCCUUUUAAAGGAAAAAGACGUGAAACCUUGUCACUGGAAGGGAAACUUUGCUGAGAUGGAUUGCACAAUGAACUGGAGGCCAGCUCUCAGCUUAGCCCUGCUGUGGGCAGCGUCGCUAGUGUGUGGCUCUGAGAAGACAGGGAGGCUAGCGGAGAGAGGAAGCCAUGGAGUUAGGAAAAUGCCCCUGGCUUACAGGGCUCCAAGCAGCCUCCUGAGAAGGUCUGGAGCAUCUCCGAGGAAUUUGAGCCCGAAUCCCCAACACCCUGUCACCAAGAGGGAUUCUUCAGCACCUCCAAAGGCACCUGCCAAUCUCCUGCAAAGGGAAGCACGUUCCCAGGCCAGGGGCAUGGGGACCAGAACAAGACGUGUACAGAGACUCACAGCUGCAGCCAAAUACUCCAAGUCCAAGAUGAUUAAGGAUGAAGGGAUAUCCUCUGCCUCACAGUCACGAGUGGUACGCUUCCCUUCAGGGUCAAGUUCUCCCAAUGUCCUGGCCAGCUUUGCUGGGAAAAAUCGUGUGUGGGUCAUUUCUGCCCCCCAUGCCUCUGAGGGCUACUACCGGCUCAUGAUGAGCCUGCUGAAAAACGAUGUUUACUGCGAACUGGCUGAGAGGCACAUCCAGCAGAUUGUGUUGUUCCAUGAAGAAGGGGAAGAAGGGGGGAAAGUCAGAAGGAUAACCAACGAAGGCAAAAUCCUGGAGCAGCCACUAGAUCCUGCCCUCAUACCUAAGCUCAUGAGCUUUCUGAAACUGGAGAAGGGGAAAUUUGGCAUGGUGCUGUUGAAGAAAACUCUGCAGGUGGAGGAAAGGUAUCCUUAUCCAGUCAGACUAGAGGCCAUGUACGAAGUUAUUGAUCAGAGCCCCAUCAGAAAAAUUGAGAAGAUGAGGCAGAAGGGCUUCAUCCAGGCUUGCAAAGCAGCUGGGGUGGAGGGACAAGUGGUUGAGGAAGGCAAUAAUGGGGGAAGCACCCAGCCUACCCCUGAUGGUGGACGUGUCCAGGUGUCAGCAAGGAAGGAAGAGACAAGGAGGAGCAAUAAUCAGCCAACGAGGACCAAAACUGUGAGGAAACCAAUGACAACCACAGUGGCCACUCCUCUGCCUACAGUAAGGACCACCACCCUCCCUCCCACCACCACAACUACCCGUGCCACCACCCGCGCAGUGACAGCAGCAAGCCGGUCUACAACAACAACUACACCCCUCCCCACCACGCAGAGAACCUGGACCACAAAGUCACAUUCCACCACAGAGUACCACAGGCUGCCACUAGCCCCCGAUGCCACCACACCACGAGUCAUAGCCUCUGAAGAUUUCUACUCUCCUUCAUGGAAGGCAAACCGCAGGGACCGGCAGCGCGGCCACCCAGAGAAACACUCAGAGGCCACAAGGAAGCCAAGUAAAUCUUCCCGCUAUGACAGUUUCACAGAAGUCCCAACACCUCCCUCAAUGCACUAUACAAAGGCAAAUGUGGGUAGAUUUACAGAUAACCGAACAGACAGGAAGGACUAUAACCACAGGGACCUGAAUGUCACACCAGGGCAACACAAACCGACUAAGACUAAACCACCAAAAAAGAAGGCCCAAGAAAAGAUACUGAGCAAUGAAUAUGAACAUAAAUACGACCUGAGCAAGCCUGCUAGUUCCCAUUUAGAAGAAGAGAUUGGAACAGGAAAUAUUCCCCCAAAGAAAGGAAAAGAAUCAAAGAAGCAUGAGCGAAUGGAUAAACCUGAGAAGAAGAAGAAGAAGGACAGACCUGACAAGCUGCAGAAGAGUGAGAAGCAGUCCAAGAAGGACAAAGCUGAGAAAAAGAGCAGGCAGGACAAAGACCGUAGCAAGAAGAACAAGAAGGGGAGCAGGACUGAGAAUGAGGAUUUCCCCAAACCCAACAAGAAGCCUUUCCUACAGCCUCCCAGGAAAUUGGUGACUGACCUCCUGGAAUAUUUUGAAGGCAAAAGGCGGCUCAUUCUCAUCACAACCCCCAAGGCGGACAACACCAUGUAUGUACAACAGCGAGACGAAUACCUGGAGAGCUUCUGCAAGAUGGCAACGAGGAAGAUCUCGGUCAUUACAAUUUUUGGCACCAUGAACAACAGCAGCAUGAAAAUUGAUCACUUCCAGCUAGAUAAUGAAAAGCCCAUGAAAGUGAUAGAGGAUGAAGAUCUUGUGGACCAGCAGCUCAUCAGUGAGUUGAGGAAAGAGUACGGAAUGACCUACAAUGACUUCUUCAUGGUGCUGACGGACAUUGACAUGAAGGUCAAGCAAUACUAUGAAGUACCCAUAGCAAUGAAGUCUGUGUUUGAUUUGAUCGACACCUUCCAGUCACGAAUUAAGGACAUGGAAAGACAGAAAAAAGAGGGCAUUGUCUGCAAAGAAGAUAAGAAGCAAUCCCUUGAGAGCUUCUUAUCCAGGUUCCGAUGGAGAAGGCGGCUGGUGGUGAUCUCUGCUCCCAGUGACGAGGACUGGGCUUAUUCCCAGCAGCUUGCUGCUCUCAGUGGACAAGCCUGCAAUUUUGGACUGCGCCAUAUAACUAUCCUCAAAUUGCUAGGACUUGGAGAAGAUAUUGGUGGUGUCUUAGAGUUGUAUCCAAUUAAUGGAAGCUCUACGGUAGACCGAGAAGAUAUCCCAGCUAAUUUGGUGAAAGACAUUCGAAAUUACUUCCAAAUUAGCCCAGAAUAUUUCUCCAUGCUUCUAGUUGGGAAAGAUGGAAACGUCAAAUCCUGGUAUCCUUCUCCAAUGUGGUCUAUGGCAAUUGUGUAUGAUCUGAUUGAUUCCAUGCAGCUUCGGCGACAGGAAAUGACAAUUCAGCAAUCACUCGGCAUGCAGUGCCCAGAUGAUGAGUAUGGUGGGUAUGGUUACCAUAGCUAUCACCAGGGAUACCAGGAAGGUUACCAAGAUGACUACCGUCACCACGGAAGUUACCACCAUGGAUAUCCGUACUGAAAAGAGCAACCUGGCCCCCGACUGCCCCAUGUCAGUCUU